AUAAUUUUGUGUUGCACUCUCAUUAGUAAAUGUGUAUUAAACUAAUGACAGUUUUUCUAUUUCCAUUUUAUCAAAUAAUUUUAACCCACAUCAACAAAUUUUCGUACCAACGAAAAAAUCUAACCUCAGAAUUACGCAUUUGUCAAACGUUACUUCGAAGUGUACAUGUGUAAGAAUGACGGAAACGGCGGUGGUGAUUCGCGCGAAGCCUGAACGUAAAGUGUUCAAGGCGACCAGCAGAGUUACCAGAAUUCCUGAUUCGAUCGCGAAAAAUCCGAAACUCCAGGCCGCCAUCGAAGCACUGCCCCCUAACUAUAAUUUCGAGAUCCCCAAAACGAUAUGGAGAAUCCAGGAGACAAAGGCAAAAACCGUGGCCCUACAAAUGCCGGAGGGAUUACUAUUGUUUUCAACCACUAUUGCGGAUAUCAUCAAGGAGUUUACCGAUGCUGAUUGUGUGAUAAUGGGCGAUGUAACUUAUGGUGCUUGUUGUAUUGAUGAUUUAACUGCUAUUGCACUUGGUGUUGAACUGUUGGUUCAUUACGGACACAGUUGUUUGGUUCCUGUUGAUCAGACCAGUGGUAUAAAAGUUUUGUAUAUUUUUGUGGACAUUAAAAUAGAUCCAUUGCAUUUCAUCGACACUAUAAAAUUAAACUUUGAAAAGACGAAAAAGAUUGGGCUAGUCAGUACAAUACAGUUUGUGACAACUCUACAAGCAGUUUCUAGUAAAUUGAAACAAGAAGGCUAUGACAUUUCAAUACCUCAGUUCAAACCUUUGUCUCCUGGUGAGAUAUUAGGAUGUACAGCUCCUGUUUUGAGGUGUGCUGACGUCGUUAUUUAUUUAGGAGAUGGUAGAUUUCAUUUAGAAGCUGCCAUGAUUGCAAAUCCUAAACUUGAAGCCUACAGAUAUGACCCUUAUGAUAAAAAAUUUACUAGAGAAUAUUAUGAACAUGCCCAAAUGGAAACAAUUCGAAAACAGUGCAUUUCUGAAGCUAAAACUGGUGGUAAAUUUGGAGUUGUUAUGGGUACAUUAGGUAGACAGGGCAGUUAUAAAGUUGUGGAACACUUGAGAAACAGGCUGGAAGAAAGCAAUAAAAAAGCUGUUGUUAUUUUGCUUUCUGAAAUUUUCCCCAACAAACUAGAAUUAUUCAAGUCGUUAGAUGCGUUCGUACAAAUCGCUUGCCCGAGGUUGUCAAUUGAUUGGGGCAAAGCUUUUACAAAACCUCUGUUAACUCCUUAUGAGAUGUCUAUAGUGCUUGGUGAUGCUGAGUGGCACAAAGAAGAUAAAAGCUAUCCAAUGGAUUUUUAUGCGAACGCCAGUUUAGGACCUUGGACACCUAAUCACAAACCAGAUGUGGAUGGAUUGAAUAAGUGUUGUGGAAAAUGUCCAUGAGAAUAGAUGACAUUCUAGGUAAUUUUGUGAAUAAUUAUUUAUUGUAAUUAUUGUUGAGUUGUUUUGAAUAAAAUUUAUUUUCUAA